AUGGUCUCUUCUGUCGGACUGACUGCUGCCGGCCUGCUGCUCCUCGCCCUUACCCUCAUCGCCGAGGCUCAGACGAAGGCAGGGCAUGGCGACGGCACGGUGAUAAGGAAUCUGCACCGUAGAUCGCUGGCGGCAUCUUCUGGAGUGGGAGGAGGUGGGGUGGGAGGUGGGGUGGCAGGAGCACCAACACCACUUCCCAAAGGAAGUCCGGCCUGUUUGGCGUUCGGCUGUGGGUCUGAUGGCUCCUGUGGGGUGGAUCCAAAUGGAGAUUAUUUCUGCAAGUGGGACUCGCCCUGUGGCGCCUGCCCCACCGGGGCCUCCUGCGAGACCACACCAGCAGAGUCUGACAGUUCAGUGCUGGCGCCUUACUGCGUGUGCCCUGAAGGCUACGGGAUGACUGACACCGAAUGUGUUGAGGGUGGAGAGUCCACAGUCUCGUCUACCAGCUACACGCUCAUCGCGAAUCGAACCGCCAAGGACAACGCUUCCAAGCCCUACACCCUGCGCUGGAACCUGGAUGGGUGCACUCAGUACCCUGAAGCAGUGGCAGGGAAGUUCACCACGAUAUAUGCUGUCUGGAACUCCAUAGACUCUCUGCCUUGUCAGAAUGCCACGCUGUACCGCGACGACAACUGUGACGGCCGCGUUGUUUAUCUCAAUGAAAGCGCAUUGCUGCCCAGACCUUUUUCUGCAUCCGCUCUGCU